AUGAACUCAGCGGGCAUUCAGACCCUCCUCGAUGCCGAGAGGGAGGCAUCCAAGAUUGUCCAGAAGGACCGCACCAAGCGAGUGAGGGAAGCACGCGACGAGGCCAAGAAGGAGAUCGAGGCAUACCGCGCGGACAAGGAAGCCGAGUACAAGGAGUUUGAAGCACAGGGAAACAAGGCGGCGGAGGAGGAGGCGAACAAGGAGGCGGACGAGAAGAUCAGCGAGAUCCAGGAGGCUGGCAAGAAGCACCGCGACGAGAUCAUCAAGAACCUGCUCUCGGCUGUCUCCCACGCGCACCCUACCCCUGUUUCAUGA